GUCUGGGUUUGGGAGCUUGAGAGCUUGGUAACAACUUCAAGGAUAUAAUUUUGCCACAAAGUUUGCUCCUUUGCUCUUGCUCUCAGCUGGUCUGCAUGCUCUCCUAGUCUUUGUUACCUUACCCAAGAGAGCAGAAUACUAAUAGGGCAGAAAAAGGAGAAGAGGAGGAAGAAAGGUGGCAAAAAAACAGAGGCAACCUCAGCCCUCUGCUCCGGUUAUGUGUUAAGUGGCUACGGUGAUGUGAUGAGCACAGAUUUGAGGGCAGACAAUGAAUGUGUUGGUGCCAUCUGCUGGCUUUGUGCCCUGCUUAGUGCAAGCCUGUGGGUGCAGGUGUGUGCGGGGUGCCCAGAGGGUUGUAAAUGUGCCUGGGAGAGCAAGACAGUGCUAUGUGUUUCUGCAGGCCUGCUGGAAGUCCCUCGGGAUCUACCUUUGGAGACAGUCUCACUCCACCUGGACCAUAAUUUUAUAAAUAGCAUUCCAGAGGAUGCCUUCCAAGAUUUACUGCAUCUGCAAGCCCUUCACUUAUCUCACAAUAAAAUUGACUCACUUGCAUCUGGAGCAUUGCGCCACCUGAGUACUGAACUCCGACUCCUUGACCUCUCAUACAAUCAGUUGAGGUAUGCCAGGCAAGAAGAAUUUGGUGUCACUCGAGCAAAAACCAGACUCUAUCACAAUCCUUGGCAUUGUGAUUGCAGCCUGCAGCAACUAAUUGAGAGCCUCAACUUGGAGCCUGAGACAGUGCAUGAGAUUGUGUGUAAAAGCUCAGCUCGGGGGACCAACGAGGGCAGCCGUUGGGAGGAGGCAGGACCAGUGACUGGUCACGUGGGUCAACCUCUAGUCAAAUUACUGGACUCUGGAGUGAAUUUCUGCAGUCUGCAACGCAGGACUAUUGAUGUGGCCAUGCUGAUCAUCAUGUUUGUGUGGUUCUUCAUGGUCAUCGGAUACGUGGUGUACUAUGUAAGACACAAUCAGGCACAGAACACGAGACACAAAGCAUCCUUCCCCAGCACACAAAUCUACCACAGAAACCUACAUUUUAUGAAUGGUAACGAAUUUGCAUGUCCGAAGGAUGCAAUGUGUAUAUCUGAUAGCGUAUAAGUUAAUAUUCUGGAUAUACAGAAGGGUUUUCACAGUUCCAGUUCUCUAUGUAUCAGGAAACAAUCAAGAAUCAAGAGUUCAUGCCAAAGAUUUGACCUUGAUUCCACAAGGUGACAUUCAACCAUAUGCACAAGGAUUGUGAGAUAUUCUGUCCAGGCAAUCUGUAUGAAAAAUAUAUCCUUCCACAACACACAUGAAUAGUCCAGCCAGUGGGUUCACAAGUCACCCCUGGGCGCAAAUACAGAGCUUUUAGUCAAAGUCCCCCUUAAUCUGAGACACAAAUCGCCAGGGUGCAGGGAGCUUGUUGGGGGGGCUUGUUAGCUGAUGUACUGUAAAAUUAGGGGCUAACUAUAGGGCCUACUAUAAAGGUACUGUAAAAUUAGGGGCUAACUAAUUACAGUAAGUAGCUCAGUAAAUUAUAUACAUUCAUAACUGGCUAAUUUGUGCCUUUCUGAUGAAUGGAUGCUCAUUUGGGGAUCCACACAGUCACAAAUUCUCUAAUCCGCUUAUCCUUCUGGGUCAUGGGGGUGCUGGGGCCUCUCAGCAGUCAUUUGGGGAGCUAAUAAUUUGCUAUUGAAAUUACAGAUAAUCUUCUCAAUCCAGGGGUGUGUCCUAUGGUGCAGUUUUUCUUGCUUACCCAGCCAACUUCAAGCUUAAUUUGAUCUAUCCCUGGUAGCAGUGAUGACAGCAUUGUUUUUCACUAUUAUAAAUGUUUCAAUUUCUAUAUAUUUAGGAUUUCUCUGUUUAUAUAUCCAAAUUUAUAUUCUGAGGCUGUGAUUAAUCUUUUCCUCUUCAGCAGCUCAUUUCAUACAGUUGCCUGUUCUGUAUAAACAUCAAGGUUUUAUGUGCAUGCUGCACAAAGAUUAAUCAUAGCAUGAGAAUAUAAACUUGGAUUAACAGGAAAAGUUGUAUUUGCUGUAUUUAAAGCAUGAAUGUAUGAGAAAAAGCACUAGCUAGGUGGAUAAUAGAUAGCUAUCUGAACAGGUAACUGACAGAUGUGGCUUGUGGUAGCGUUGCAGAUGAUUGCAGAUUUCAUGACCUAAUAAACAUGGAACUACAGGCAUUUUUAAGUCUUGGGAGUACAGAAUUUACUUCUGAAGCUAUGAUUAUAUCUUAAAUUACAGUAAAUUACAGAGUUAGUUCCUUCUUAAAAGCAGACAGAAGCUAGAAUUAUAGUGACUGACACCUAGGACAGGGGUGUCAAACUCAACCACUAAAUGGGCCAUAUUAAAAAAUCUCAACAAAUCCAUGGGCCAGAGUUAAAAAAUGUUUUUAUUUUAUUUUUAAUUAAUGUUGUGUUAUAACCCAAACUGGCCAUUGUUUAUUCAAAAUAUGCAAAAACCUUCAGCAGUAAAAUAUAGACCUUGAAAUAUUACACAAAUAAUUGAAAAAUUCAAAAUUGAAAUGUCCCCAGAAGCUAGGUCUUUUAAACCUAUUUAUUUGCUUGAAUUGUGUAAAAUUGAGGUGUAACCUCAAUACAUCAUUCGCCUCAUGCAUCAUUGUUGGGGUAGGAGAGUGCACAUUAUAUUGCAAAGCAUGUUGGAAACUGUAGUAUAGUGCAUUGUGAAAUGGGCAAAUAUUAAUAUAAAAUUACAAAAUACUGCUGCAGGCCAGAUAGGUUUGUGUGCCCAUGGGCCUUGUGUUUGACACAUGGUAUAUAAGCAUGCAGUGUGUUUGUGUUGAUGCUGCAAAUUGUGUGUUAAGUGUAUGUUUGUCUAGAAUUAUGGAUAUAUGAAGGGUUAACUAAAGUGUACAUAAUAAAAAUUUAAGCUGCAGUGUACUGACUGUACAGUGUACACUAAGGUGAAGUGCAGUAAUAUUUCCCUUA